UGGAUGCGGAUAGAUACUUGUUACAUAUGGGCUAUAUAUGGCCGGCUGGAACUGGGGGUGGAGCCCCAACGAUGAAUCCGCCGCUGGUUCGUGGCUUUAGGCUAUCUACCUUGGGUAUAAUUAGAGGAGUUGAAACCUUCCAAUAUCAAUUUUGUAAGAGUUGAGUUUAGAGAAAAGUUAAGGUUUCAGGUGUUUAUGUUGUUGUGUUUUGUAAACAUGAAUAAAAGUAAUAAAGAGAGAUCCUGGAUUUUUAUUUUCCUAGGUGCAGUUUUCUAACCGGCGGAACAUCGGCAGUCAAACCGACGACUCCACGGCGGUCAGAACGGUUGCGGCGACAGGCGACGAUAGCAAUAUCGGACGGUUAGAUCGAAGCUACUACAUCGGUCAGACCGGCGUAUCUAUUCCGGUCAAACCGAUCUCCAUCAAAACAAAGCGCCGCACCCCUGCGUGCGAGACGGCGUCGCGUCGCUCGCCACGACGGACAUGCAGCACCUGCACGGCGACGUGCUCGAGUCGGCGGUGGAGCGCGUGCCGGCGCCCGAUCUCGCCGCCGCGGCGCUGGUGUCACGGGAGUGGCUCCGCGCGGUGCGCGCCGCGCUGCGACGGCGCAUGCUGCGGCUGCCGUGGCUCGUCGUCCACGUGAUCCAUCUCCGGGGCCAGCGGCGCCUCGCCGCGGCUUACGACCCGCGCUCCGGGGCGUGGCUCGCCGUGCCCACGGCGCCACCGGCGCGCCACGGCGCGACGUCGCCGCCGCAGCCGCACUCGCACGUCCGCCUGAUGCGGGGCGCGAGCGGGGACCGCGUCUGCGCGCUCUCGCUCUCCGGGCUCGCCGUGGCGCGGGACGCUCUCGGGAUGGACGACGACGCGCUCGUCGUCGCGCUCAAGGCCCCCGGCGUGUGGCGCGUCGAUCCGGUGCUCGCCGCGGUGGGUGACCGCGUGGUCGCCAUGGGCGGCGCGUGCCGGCUGGCGCUGGGUGACGGGGAGGACACCUCGGCCGUCGAGGUCCACGAGCGCGGCGGCUGGACGCACUGCGGCGCGGUGCCGACCGCGCUCCGGGAGUCCGCGGCGGCGGCAGCGACGUGGCUCUCGACGGCGGCGACGGAUCAGAGAGUGUACGUCGCGGACAGAGCCACGGGGACGGCGAGCUGGUUCGACCCGGCGAAGCAGCAGUGGGGACCCACCUCCCGCCUCCGCCCUGACGCCACCGUCUCCACAUGGGGCCUCGCCGCCGGCCGCGCCGGCGCCGAGAAGAUCAUCCUGUUCGGAGUGAAGCAUGCAGACAGCCGAGUCGUCAUCCGAUCAUGGGAGGUGGACGGCGACAGCCUCUCCCUGUCCCAUGGCGCGGCGGCGGCGCACGACACGAUGCCGAGCGAGAUGUCCGAGAGGCUGUUCCCGCACGGCGACGACGGCGAGGAGGAGACGUCGUCGCCGUCGAUCGGGGUGUGCGGCAACACCGCCGGUGGGUACGUGUACAAUGCGGCCGUGCCGGCGACGGGCGCCGUCCUCUACGAGCUCCGGCGGGGCGGGGUGGAGGGCGGCGGCGUGGAGCGGUGGGCGUGGGUUGCGUGCGCGCCGGUGGUGGCCGAAGCGGAGGCGUUGGGACGCGUCAUCCUCGCGUGUUCGCCGGUGGGGCUGCACGAGCUUGCGGACGAACGGCUUGCACACUGAACUAAUAAUGGCUAUCGUGACAUGUUGUCGAUAGCCAGUUGAGCUUGUAAUAAGCAUAUAGGGCUGUUACACUCUGAAAAAUAAGUUUGGAUACUCCCACCGGUUUUAUAAUAAUUCUCGUUGUUUUGGACAAUAAUAACACGGCAUAUUCACUA